CACCAGGAAGACGAAGAGAACUUGCGGAUACGGUAAAUACAUGUACGAAAACUACAACAUUAAUCUAUCAUUACCGCUAUAACAACAGUUGUGUGGGGAAUUUGUUCUAUCCAAGAGAGAAAAAGUAUGGUCAGCCUGUUGAAAUCGCUUCUGGUGUUAAGUUACCACUGGUGUUUUCAUUCAUUGCAAAAUGAUAGUAGCCGAACAAGGCAACACUUUAAUUUUGGUAUUUAACGUCUGUAAAUCUAUGAUUAAAACAUAUCUUUAUUUGUCAUGAAACAUUUUCAUACUUUACGGUAUUGUGAUUUUAAUUACCUCUAAACUUUGGUUACCAGUUAUUCUGAAAAUGAUAGUAAAAUCCUUUGGCAGUUUACUUUUGAUUUGAUAGUCUAAAAAAAUACUUUUUAAAGAUAAAUUUAAGGAGACAGCUGUGAAAACAUUGUUUGUCACGCAAAGACAUUAUAAACAGUAAAAAAAAGUCUCUUAACUCCUGUUAAAUUAUUAUUAGGUCAACUCAUGGUCAAAUGUUACUCCAUUAUAAGUGAACUCUGCGCAGUGAGUGUAUAACUUGUGUUGAAGUACUGGUACUAUUGUAAUCGCUUUUAGAAGUACUUAAAUUAAAAAGAAAAGGUUCCCAAAAAAAAAAUUUCAAGUUAUGUACAGAUACCCAAAAUAUAAAUGAAGAACUUAAAGCUGGUGUGAGAAGUUUUACUUUGUUUUAAAACAGACCUAAGUCAGUACUGAACCUAAAAAGCAAACAAGACCAUCAGUGAAAUGUCUCAAAUCGCUGAUGGGGGGGUAGGGGUCAGACAAACUGGUUAACAUAACCAAACUAGUCUUUUGUAAUUUAUCGUUCAUGGCAAAGACUUUCAAAGAGUGCUGGUAAGAGUGGGAGUGUUUGUGAGAAGAAUGACUUAUAAACAAGGGGAAAAAAACAGCAGAGAAUUAAGGGGGCACCAUAAUCAGCAUAAAACCAAAGUUCCUUUAGGAAGCUUCAAGCAAAUUAACAAUGUAACUGUCCGCCCCUUUAUCACCUACUUAGUUAGCCGUAGUUAAACAGCUGCAAUAUAUACCAGUGAGUUUCAAACAUCUCAUAAACAUUUGAAUAAAAACUAUGAUUUUUCUUCACUGUAUUUGAGAAAAAACAUUUAUGGCUCAGCAGAUUUCUUAACAGUAAUCUGGUUAUUCCCUUUUUAGACUCUCUCAACUUCCAAAACAAGGAGGAGGAAAAGACCAAGAGUGGAAAGGACAUUCUUUCAUCUGUCUUUCCACAGGGGCAGUUUCAACAUCUGUUUCCUAGAAUGGACAGCCAGGAGGUGGGAGGUUUACUGGAAGAGUGUCUCAGAGCAGCAGCUGAGGCUCAGCCGUCCAACCAGCCAACAGAGGCGGAGAGGCUGAACUACUGCAGGUGUAGAGGUCAGACACAGGGUGGUGCUGUUGGGUCACUUUUCACUGCAGUAUGACAGGAAGUAGGAUGACCAAGGAGAUUUAGAGAUACCAGGAGUUGGAGUGAGUUUGGGGGGAAUUUAUUUUCUUUUUUCUAACCAAUAUUUUUCAGUAUCACAAGUUAGGAAAUAACUUUUAAAAAUGCUGUUUUGUCCUUGAUUUUGAUGUCAUAUAAUGCAAAAAGUGAAAUUAGUGAAAUCCUGCUAAACAAAAAUGCAUCACUGUCCCCCCAAAACUAAGUCUCAUCGAGUUUGUACAUGAUAACUGAUCCCUUUGUCCACUAUCUGAAGAAUUUUUUUAUUUAUUUUUAUUUUUUUGCAAACUGCCUUGCACAAAUAAGUCUCUGUUGAUCAAGUCAUUUAAAAUGAAAUAAGUUAAAACUUCCACAAUUAUAUCUAGACCAUAAUGUUUUAACAUAUGCAUCUUUUGGAUUGAUGAGGCUGCCCUGUGUUAUUUACAGACUCCCUGUGUGAAGAGCUGGCCUCUCUCCUGCAGGAGGCGAUAGAGAUGAAGUGGCCAUUCGUGCCGGAGAAGUGGCAGUACAAGAAGUCCGUGCUCGCUGAUGACAAGACAAACCUCAGUGACCUCAUCAGCAGACACAUUUCAGAGCUGCUGGUAAUAAUCUGAAUUCCUUCAUUUAUCAGAUAAUGCAGUUUUAAGAGAUAGUUCAGUGUUCCUAGGUGGGGUUGGAUGAGGUAUUGUGUAAUGGCCACAAGGGAUCCUGGUUGAGAACUGAACUUAACCUUAGCUAUCAACUGCUGCAGACAAAGCCAUCUGUACCAUGAAGUUUAGUAAAUGUUAACACUGUUCUCAGUUAUGUGAGCACUCUGUUAGAUUUUUCUCAGCGCUUUAUUUUGCCGUAAAAAGGCCUAUUCGUGUUUGUACUUCUCUUUGGCAUGUUCUGUUGUAUCAGCUUGUCGAGUCACUGAUAUAUUCUGAAUUUUUACAUUUUUGCAUCUCAUUCUGACAGUUUUUAUACACUGUACGCCUAAUUUUAAAGGAAGGGGCAAACCUAAGACCAAAUUUGUUUUCACAACUCCUAACCACUCAACAAGGACUAGGCAAAUUCAGCAACAGUAGGUACCAAAUUGUCCACAGGGGCCGCCAAAGUCAACAAAGACUGAGUUGUAAAUUAAGCCUAACAAGACAUAAUCACUUGCUUAGAUUUUAGGUUUUUGCUUUGUGGUUUUUCACUGCCUGGUUGUAUGAUGAGAAAAGGUAUCUGACUGUGGAGGGUUCAUCUUUGGAUCUGCAAGUUUUAUGGCUUAUAGACUUGUUUGCUUUUACAUAUCAUGAAAAAGCAUCAAUAUGAAUUUCUGUCUACUUUGUAAAUGUCAAAAAACACCUUACAGGAGCCUUAAGGGAGGAAGAUGAAUAUUUACUUACUCUGUCAACUGCAUUGCCAGAAUGUUCUCAAGGUGUCCAUCAUGGCUCAGGAUGCAAUCAUGGCUCUGGCAGUCAUCUUUUUAGUUGACCGCUUCCUUUACUGGGUAGACGAAUCCAGCCGGCUGCUGAAGAUCACCAAACUUCUCCACAAACACCAUCCUGACAGCCCUGUGGCCCCACAGCUGGUCAUACGACAAGCCAGAGUCUCCUUUAACUCAGGUUCAGUAUCAUACACAGAACAGGUUUAAGCAUGUAAAAUUAAAUGUUUUAAUUGGAGAUGUGUUGGGUUAUUCAGGCAAACUGCAGAAGGCAGAAUACAUACUCAGCAGUCUUAUAAACAACAGUGGAGCAACAGGUCAGUUCAUUGUAGUUUUAAUUGCAUUUUACUGUUCAUUUGAAAAACAAGUGAAUGAAAAAGACUUUGUUUUGUCAUCCAGGCUGUUGGGCGUACCGCUCUGACAGUGACCGCGCUCUUGUGCAGGCCACUAGUGUUCAAGUCCGGGGGAUGAUUCUGCAAAAGCUCGGUAAGAUAAUGAUCCCAACUGAUAAAACUGAGUUCCUCUCUGUCAUGAAUUAGUAACAUGGUGGAUUUGUGUCCUAUUUCAGGCCUGUGGUUGGAGGCUGCAGAGCUCAUUUGGGCGUCUCUGGUUGGUUACUACGCUCUUCCGCAACCUGAUAAGAAGGUACAACAGAAAUACUGUCACCACUGAUACAACAUAAUGAGCUUAUAAACAUGCUCACCUCUGUUUAUUCACAGCUGUAAACCUUUGCUCUACAUGCUGUCCUAUUUUUCAGGGCAUUGGAUCCUCUCUUGGUAUACUUGCCAACACACUAGUGUCAAUGAAUGAUGAAGACUUUAACACUUUUAAGAAUAAUCCAGAUAUUGAUUUGGUGAGUACGGAUGAUACGUUGUAUGCAGGGGUAAAGUAGGUCACUAAAAUAAGUACAUACAGAGUCAUCAGUUACAUAACCAGUCAUGAGAAAAGGCUUUAAAUUGGGGGUGCUGUAUUUUGUUUUUGCCUGUCUAUGGUGCAAGAACUGUUUUCUUUAUUCAUACAGUUUAAAUUCAAACUUUUACUUAUGAAACAUUUUUUUAUAACUUUACAGUCUAAUAUAAUACAGGCCACUAGAAAAACCAUAAACCCUGUUACACAGAAAAGAGGCUACAGGCCAAACCUAAUGAAACCGGUUCAAAAGGAUGGAGUGCAACAGUGAACAGAACAAAUGCAACCCAAUUUCUAUGUUCACACACGCACACAGGACCCGGACAUCAGGUGCACUGAUGCAUUAAGCAGGUGAACAAAUUAAUUACAGCCAGGUAGAAAAAUCAUGCCAGUUUUUCAACAAUUUUACUUUGCACUGCACAGCAGACAACACAACCAAACAUUUCUUAAUGGGUCUGUUUGUAUUGUGCACACCACCAACAACAACAGGUUUAGCUUUAUACAGUAUAUGUGUACAUUGUUAAUCAAUUUAUUUAUUUAUCUAACCUUUAGUUUACCAGGAAUAAUCCCACUGAGAUAUAAAGUCUCUCCAGCAUAAAGUUUUACACACAGUGCAAAACUAACAGACAGUAACCUUACCAAAUUCAGUGAUCAAAAAUGAUCAGCUUUCAGCAGGAAUAUGAGCAUAUACCCGCCAGAUGACUCUUAAUCCUGGUUUUAAAAUCCUCUGGAAUAAUAAAAUGACCCAGUCUAUCCUACUGUGGAUUUAGGGUCAUGUGUAGAUCUGAUGUCAAGGUCAAUUUGUUGAUUGGUACUGCAGUAGUUCAGUGGUCUAUGACUGGUUAUGUUGUAUAUCACUGCUGUCAUUUUAUGUUUAAUGGAUAUAUCAUUUAUCUAAUAUCUUUUCUUCUUGCAGUCUUUACUUGGAGACAGCAGUCAUCGUCUUCUGUCAGCAGCCCAGGCAGCCAAGAUGGCAGUAAUAUACAGCCAGUACACAUCACUCUAUGUAUUGACCCAUGUGGUAGGUUCACAGAAGCCUGUAUUUGAAAUAAAUGACACUGUAUUGAUUCCCAGCCCAACCAUACUCAUCAAACAACAAAAACAACACUAAUAGUUGUGGGGAGAGAAGUCAUCACAUCCUGAGACUUUACCCAAGCUGCAUUUGUUUUUUUCUUCUAACUCUGACAUCUUUGUUUUCUUCAGACAACUCAAGGGACCUGCUUGUUGUCGUACAGUUUCUCAGUCCAGUGCCCUCCCUCUCAAAGGCAGUCUUACAUUCAGAAGGCAAAGGAGUCUUUUGAGAUUGGUCUGCUCACCAAAGCAGAGGACGAGCAGGUCUCAAGCAAGCAGGAACUCCACACUUUUGUCAAAGCAGCUUACUCCCUCACUGUCACCCACAAAUGGCUCGGCACUCCUCGGGAGGUUGUCAUGCAGGCAACUGAAGCUUGCCAAAAAGCUCUGGCAACUUUCUAUCGUUACUGCCAGGCUGAUACUAAAGAGAAAGAUGGCCUCUGUGUGGAAAUCAUGCAUCUGGUCAGCCAAGUCAAGCUUCUGUUUCAAUUGGAACCGUUCCUUAAUACAGACAAGGGGUCUUUUAUCCCUGACAGCUACAGAAACAUCACAGACACAGCAGUUAGUUUUACACUGGAAGAUUUCACCAAGGUGAUGCAGAAGUUCAAAAAGUAUCAUGCAUCAUUAUGUGAGACGACUAACUCCAGCUGUAAGGGAAAAGGAGACAAGAUAGAUGGGGUAAGGCUCUGUAUUACUGCACUGGGGACAACUGUUCCAAACACAGAGUGUACAACUGAGGCCUGCAGUGUGUCAGAAGAUGCAUCCAAACGAGGGGGAGCCAAUUUAUCUGCUGUCCACCUACCACCAGAGUCUGACCUUGGUACCACUCAAGAAAGCACAGACGAGCUGGGCUCCUCGUGGCAGAAAUUCUCUUUGAGUGGUUCAGGGUCUCCUAGGUCAAGCAACAAUGGCUGCAUAGAAAGUCUUGCCAUGAAAGCUCACACUCAAAGCUGUCUAACCACUGAUGUUGAUGACGAAGCAGUUCACAAGUCUGUGGAGAAAAACAGGAAGCAAGAGUUACAAAACAGUACUUCUGGUGUUGGUUCCCAUACAUUUCCAAUCCCUGUCACUUCCUCAAACAUCAGAAGUCAUUUUAAGAAGUCUGAACUGAUGCAAGCUGACAUACAGACUCUGGAGACUGAGGAUGUGAUGGCUGAUAUCGAUGGUGUGCCGCCAAAGCCGCCAUCAGUAGGUGAAGGAGCAGUACAAUCCCUAUCUCAGCUAACACUCAGAACCUCCUCCAGCUCCUUGGGAGACAGCUUUGGCUCCCAAUCAUCCUGGGAAAAAAUCUCACUUGACCUAAACUCCCCCACAAGCAGAAAACUUCAGCCACAUAGCCAGUCCAAGAUACCAGAGUCCCAUGAGAGCAUCUUCCACUUGGAAACUCUCGAAACUGAAAACUCUGAUUCUGACUCAGCUCUUGGUCUUAAGCACAAAACUUGUACAUCUGGAGUGGAAUCUGAAGCGUUAUCCAAGCCAAGAUCUCUGAGGAGCCGUUAUGUCGACCAAGACAUGGACACCCAAGUUGACUGUGAACCUUUUGAACCUGUUUCUAAUAACUCAUUUCAAAAACACCCCCAAAGGGCUCCAUGUACUUCCACUGAAGCUUCCACUGAGAGUUCGUUUGAGAUUCUGGAUGAGAAUCACAGCAGACACCAAAGCAGUGAAGAAAAUGUGAAUGUCCCUCUGAGUAAGAACCUCUCGUGCUACAUGUGCCUAAAGCAGAGCAGCAGCAGUAUUGAUCCUGAGAGACAGUAUGUGUUGUCACAGCAGGACUACCAAGCCCUGCUGGCUGGAGUUUGCUAUGGAUGUCUGCUCAAGAGACUGCAAAGUGACAAGACACGAUUUCAGCUCAAAAACCACAACACUGCCUACUGUAAGUUUUUAUUUCCAUUGCUGCCAUUACAUGAUUCAUCCAAGCUUACCUAGAGAUGAUGAUUGAGGGCACUGUCCAUACUAACAGAUAACCUUACAAAGGCGAGCUUUCAGGGGAAAGACUCUCGUUGUCAUGGCAACAUCUCUUAGCAUGAAUAAAACUGUGAUUGAAGUCACAGAGGUUACUCUGCUCUUGGAGAUGCCUGUGACCUGUAGCUUAACCCAGCAGACCUCAGUGUAAUCAUACCCUUGUUUGAUCAGCUGGUCAAACUUUGCAAGUAUUUAAAGGGAUAUUCCGGCGUAAAUUUAAGUUAUGGUCAAACACACUGUAACACCAAGUUAGACACCCCCUCGAGAGAUGAAUGUUGCCGACCGCUUGCUUCUCUAUUUAAACCAACUUUUUUAAUGGCUGCACGGUAGCAAUACUCAGCGGUCUAUGUCUCCACACGCAAACCUCAACCAAAAAGCCACUCCGUAGCCACAAAUAAUGCUCAGAACAGCACCUAACUUCAUCAACAGUACAUUUAGGGUCCCAGCCAUGUGAGUCAUGUGAGUGUUGUGUGGUGGUGGUCGGAGAGGCCGUAGGCGCAAAAUGGCAGCCACGUUUCCGUCAGUUUGCCCCAGGGCAGCUGUGACUACUAAGGUAGUUUACCACCACCAAAAGUGUGACUGUGUGAGCGAAUGAAUGAUGUAUCCAAUGUAAAGCGCUCCGAGGGUCUCUGAUAAAGCGUUAUAUGAAAUCUGAUGCAUUAUUAUUAUUAUUAUUACUAGCCACCAAACAUCUUUUUAGCUUUAGGUUUCUUUAGCAAAGAGACCAAACACAACUCACCCACUCUCCUCCAGUAGUCACUUGUUUGUGGGGGAGCCCUGAUGAGUCGAUCACAGUGGAUAAUCAUCAUAAUAAUUGUUUUGCACUGCAGACACGGUAGUUUUUCUGCCAUAGCGUCUCAGUCUAAAUGCAUUUCCAUGAGGUGGAAGCAAUCAUAAAUGUUCUUCCUUGAGCUGUGAAACUCCGCUUGCACUCAGUGAUCAACUCGUCAGGGCUCCCCCACAAACAAGUGGCUGCUGGAGGAGAGUGGGUGAGUUAUGUUUGGUGAGUUGCGUUUGGUUGUUGCUGAAGUUGUUAUAAUUAGAAAAGCAAGCAUUCAGCAACAUUCAUCUCUUGAGGGGGUGUCUAACUCAGUGUUACGGUGUGUUUGACCAUAACUUAAAUUUACUUCGGAAUAUCCAUUUAAGUUAAAAUGUUCCCAAGCUUCCUGCUAAUAUCUGGAUAUUAUCAUUAUUAGGUGCUCUUCAUUUAAAGUUCUCCAAAGCCACAGGGCUGUGGACCGCCAGAGAGACCUGCAUCUACAUCGGGGAGUCAAUGAUGAUGGAAGGCCAGCAGAGAACAGCAAUAUGGGUACAGUUUUUACACCAAGAGGAAAGGUUGAGCAGGUACGUACUGUAAAUACAGAUGCAGUUUAAAAAAGUGAAAUACUCCAUAGAUUCCCUGUGAUUUCCCUGCUUACUUGGAUGUCUGUGUUCUCAGUUACGUGGGUAAAGAUUACAAGAAGCCAAAGCAGAUCCAGUUUCACCUGAAAGACGUGGAAAGACAGAUGACAGCCCAGUAUUACGUGACUGAGUUCAACAAGAGCCUCUACGACAAGGAAGUCAUGGCUCAGAUCUUCUUCAUCCCCUCAGAGGCAAUACUGGUGAGAGCAAAUCCAAGAGAUUAAAAUGAGCAGGAAAAACAAAAUGACUGCUCUGAGAUUUGACUUCAGCCAGGGAAAGUAGCAGACAUCAAAUCCAGAUUUAAACUGACACACGUAAAUACCUCUUAAAUAGGUCUCCCUACACUCGACACUUAAUCUAGUAAUACUUGAGAUGGCAGAGUGCAGGAUUGCCUACAGCAACCCUGAAGCACUCUUUGAGACUUUCAAAUAUAAUCCGUCCUCCAGCUGUCAGUUUAAAGUAAGAAAUACUCUCAUUUAAGUGGUUAGGCCAACAUUUUAAUGAUUAUUCAUAUCUUUGUGGUGAACACAGUCAACUGUCUUGGGAUUUCCUGAAAUAACAGGGACAAGACCUCAAAGUCUAACUAAAAAAAACACAAUCUAACACAUCUCACACCAUAUUUACACAGCUAUAUCAAUUAAAUACUCAUGCACAGACAGGCUUAUAAUAAUAAUAAUACCUAUUUAUUCAUAUAGCACUUUUAAAAUCAACAGUUUACAAAGUGCUUUAACAUGCAGGAAAACAAAUAUAAAAACAACAGAACAACAGAAGACUUCGGGGAAAGAGCCUAGACAAGACUAAAAUCCAGACUACAAGUCCUAAUGUGAUAUUAUUGGCAAUAAAGAAAUAAAAUAAUUUAAAAUAAAAAUCGGUGGAAGACACAAAAGCUUUGAUGAGUGUCACAUGAGCUGAGACGUCAUUAAAGCGAAGACAUAAGAACCUGUGAUACCCAGCCAACACAGGAACCCAAUUACAAAAACCUGAGACCAAGGGGGUGAUUAUAAAACAUGAAUAGGAAGCAUAAAAGGUUUUAAAGAAGACAAAAUCACAUAAAAGCAAGUCUUAAAAAGUUUUAAGACGGGUUUUAAAAGCAGUGACUGUUUCUGCACACCUGAUCUCCUUAGGGAGGUCGUUCCAAAGUCGAGGGGCCCUGAUGGAAAAGGCCCCGUCACCUUCAGUUACAAGUCUCAACUUUGGAACAACCAGGAGGCCCCUACCUGAGGAUCUCAGGGUGUGGGCUGGCUCAUAGGGUUUUAAAAGUUCUGACAUAUAGAUUGGAGCCAGUUUAUCAAACACAGGAUAAGAUGUUAAUUCCUUUGUGCGAGCACAUACCUAAGAGUGAUGAAUGGUAGAACAUCUUCUUGUCGUCUUGGUGAUGAAUGAUGGAGAAUGGGAACUGGAUACGCAUCAUCAGUAGUGUAGCCUUGGUUCCUGGGAUGUUUCGGCCUCCACACUAUACACCCUCCCCAAGGUGGCCAGCUACAGGCUGAUCAGACCUGUGCUUGCGUGAGUCCAGACUCGUCACGAGAUAGAUGGUACCUUCUCUCGUGGGACUAUGCAAGGCAGGGGCGUCCUACUCCCUGAGUCAAGCCGAAGCUGACCGCAUACCUGAAGGCUUGCUAGUUCGGGGCCCAACAGGGGUCCUUCCGCCUCAUGAAAAGCCACUGGCUGCUUCUUUCAGCUGCCUCCGAUGUAGCUUUGAUGGCUGAAGGCUGGUUCUGGCCUCUGACUCCCAGGUCAGCAAACAGUCUGGUGGUAGAUCUUGCCACAAAUCCUCUACAUCCCACCUCCACUGGGCGGACUUCAGCACUCCAGCCACGGUGUUGUGCUUCAGCAGCGAGAUCGGCGUAGCGUAGGUGUUUUCGCUCAUACGCCUCAUCCACUGCGUCCUCCCAGGGUACUGUGAGCUCGAUGAUGUACACCUUCUUUAGGGAAGGGGACCACAGCACCAGGUCAGGUCUCAGGGUGGUUGUAGCAAUUUCUGGAGGAAAAACCAGCUGUCGGCCAAUAUCAGCCAUCAUCCUCCAGUCACGGGCUAGGCGUAGCUGGCCUCGCUCAGAUGGUGUGAAGCAGCUUCUGGCUACCUUAGCCCCCUCACGGACAAAGGUAGUUGCCGGUUGUUGGUUGGAUGCUGGUGGUGGUAGGGAGUUGGUGGCAGCUCGUUUGUCCUCUAGAGUGGAUGCAAGGACCUUUAGGACCUGGUUGUGACACCAUGUAUACCGUCCUUGGGUGAGACUGGUUUUACACCCUGUGAGAAUGUGUCUGAGGGUGGCUGGCAUGGAACAUAGGGCACACCUCGAGACCCUUUACUCAAAGUAAUGAGUAAAAUCUCAAAAUCAAUUCUAAAACCAACUGGAAGCCAAUGUAAAGACGCUAAAACAGGGGUAAUGUGAUGUCGUCUGUUAAAACCAGUUAGAAGCCUAGCUGCUGCAUUCUGGACAAGUUGGAGGCGGGAAAGAGAUUUUUGCGUAAUACAAGAAAGAAGUGAGUUAUAGUAAUCUAGGCGGGAGAAGAUGAGGGCAUGAAGGACUUCUUUUUAUAUAUAUAUAACGUGAUAUAAUUUUCCUUCCUUUAUAUGUUUUUGUCCAUAGAUUUUGGAUGGAAAUGAGGUUGUAGGCUGUGUAACAGUGGAGCCCUACAUGCUGGGAGACUUCGUCAAACUGACCAAUAACACCAGAAAAAAGGACAAGAGGUUCAAGGCGACAGAGUACGGCCUUGCCUUUGGACACUUUACCUACUUGUUUUCUGGCUGUCAGGAAGUGGUUGUUGACUUGCAAGGUACACACACCUCUCUCAGUGGCAUUGGCCUGCCACUGUCAUGGAAAUAUCACUGUAUUUUAACUGUCUUUUCACUGUGCAUGAGAUUGUUUCUGUCUUCAUUGUUGUGUCUUCUACAUACUCUAUUUUCCAGGGUGGGUGACAGCCAACGGCAAAGGGUUGACCUACCUCACAGACCCCCAGAUUCACUCCACAAAGACCCCCAAAGGGCCCUCAAACUUUGCUGCCAGUGGCCUCAGGUGCUUCCUGGAGGAGCAACAUGGACCAGAAUGCAAUGACAUCUGUCAGCUGCUUAAACUUCCCACAGUCGUCGGACAGCCACUUAUUCUGACGUAGGAAAUUUGGAAAUGUAAUAUAACUCAACUUGAGAGUUGUUGUGAUGACGCUCUGCUCAAACAGCAUAUCCCCUGGAUGAGCUACGUAAUCUUCGUACGCCCAUAGGCUGUAUAAAGUGUCAAUCAUAGAAAACAUGAACUGCACAUGGAGCUGCACAGAAAAAAGAGGACUUGAACACAAACCAGUGUUAUAAAAACUACAUGUCAACAUCGCAACCAGCAGGGAGAAAAAUUUAUAUUCUGUGUAAUUAAUUUCAAAUGUUUGUCCACGGCUCCAUAGGGAUUUCUGGAGGAGGCGGGAUUUAUGACCUAUACUGCAGCCUGUCACCAGAGGGUGCUGUUCUCGCAGUGGCUUUACCCAGUGCAAAUAGCAUCCAUUCUAUGUACAGUCUAUGAUUGAAAACUAUUCAGUGUAACAUUUUCACCAACCCCCUCACAGCGAAAGAAUGAUGAAGACCAGCCUGUUCUUCCUGUCAACAUGCACUUAACAUGUAUACUUGUGGGCUCGCACGCCAACUUGAUACAUGUGCAGAACAUAUUGACACGUGUAAGUUCAGAUAAUGAUGUUUUUUCUAUACAAGCACACAACAGUUUUUAAAGUUUUAGAGAGCUUUUCAGCAAUGUUUAAUUCAGAAAAGCUACAUUUUCGAAAACACCUCUUUAUGAGUGGACUCUGUCUAAUGAGCCAUAACUUGCAGGUUCUCUUUACUUAAUCCUAGUCCACAUGUAAGGUGGAUAUUUUAUGAAAACAAAGAUUUUUUAGUGUGUUUUACCCUUUUUAUUACACAUGCAAAUGGAGUUGUAGGUCACUGAAAACAGAAGUUUUCAGAUUUUCAAUUCAGAUUUUUCAAAAUUCAAUUAUCUGUGUGUUCAUAUGGACAGCAUGAAUAAAAGAUUUUGAAGAAGUCGAUGUCAUUACUCCAGCUUCUGCAUGGAAACUGUUUAUAUGUAUGUUCUUGCACGUGUUCAGCUAGAACAGCGAGUUUUUCCUGUAAAGAUGCAAUAGACAGCGUAUCAGUGCGAAGACAAAGACGUAGAUCUAACUCUAUACCUUGUCAUUCAACACUUCAAUAAACAGCACAGAAAACA